AUGGGCCAGUUUGACGUUAACAUCAAAUGGGGCAAGGAAAAGUUCAACGACAUCACCGUAAAUACUGAUGAAGCGCCAGAAAUCUUCAAGGCGCAGCUUUUCGCGCUCACCAAUGUCCCACCAGAACGGCAGAAGAUCAUGAUCAAGGGAGGAGUGUUAAAGGACAGUUGGGACAACUUCCAGGGCAAAUUGAAGAAUGGCGCGAUGAUAAUGCUGAUGGGAUCGGCCGACCCGCUUCCAGAAAAGCCCAAAGAACUGCCCCGAUUCAUGGAAGACAUGGCAGAUGCGGAGAUGAAUCAAGAUUGUUCCCAUGUUGGUCCAUACUGUUGUAUUUAUGAUGUUAAAGGCGAAUUUUUUCGAGUGGCUAAGAUUCCCGUCGGUAUCGAGAACCUCGGCAACACCUGCUACCUGAACUCGGUGAUCCAAUGUCUCCGCGUCAUUCCGGAACUAAAAACUGCCCUUCAAGAGUACAGUCAAUCCGACGCCUUUGUCAAGCAACUGAAAGAUCUGUGGAAUUCGCUUGACAAUUCUCCGGAGGCAGCGAAGCCCAUUGCCUUUUUGCUUGUGCUUCAUGCAAACUUUCCUAUUUUCGCCGAGCGAGGGCCUCAAGGAGGACUCAAGCAGCAAGACGCGAACGAAGCCUGGCUAAGCAUCUGCCGAUAUCUUCACCAAUUGCCGGGAGCAGGAAACAAGGAUCUCAUGGAAGAGCUCUUCGGCGUCCAGUACAGGAGCGAAACAAAGUGCAUAGAAGAAGGGGGCGAGACGGAGGCGAAAGUUGAGACAGACAAGCAGCUUUCUAUUUCUUGCUUUAUCGACACUGACGUCAAAUACUUGCUGACUGGUUUGAAAAAAAAUCUUGUCGAGAAGAUUGAAAAGAAGUCGGAAAAACUCGACCGCCAGGCACAAUACGAAAAGAACUCGACUAUCGAAAGACUGCCACACUACCUUGCUGUUAACUUCAUCCGAUUCUAUUACAAGACGGGCACUCAGAAUUCCGCCAAAAUUCUCAAAGAUGUUAAAUUUCAAACAGAGUUUGAUGCAUGGGAUCUCUGCGGGCCAAAUCUUCAAGAAAAGCUCAAGCCAAACAGAGAGAAGCUCAAGUUGUUGACUGACAAAGAGCUCGAUCUGUUGUCCCGAAAGAAGAAAAACGGGGUGCGCAAAAUCGAACCACCAAAGUACACUCAGUUCGAAAAGACACACUUCGACGAAGACCAUGGCUCCAACAACCACGGUUGGUACACUCUCAAGGCAGUUCUCACGCACAAGGGUCGAUCAAUUGACGGCGGCCAUUACAUUGCCUGGACCAAACAAGAAGACGGCAGAUGGAUUAAAUUCGACGACGACAAGGCAACUGUUGUAACAGAAGAAGAAGUAUUGGCACUUUCUGGCGGUGGCGACUGGCACACUGCCUAUAUCUGCAUCUUCGAGACGAAGAAAUUGCCCGUCUUCACCCCUGACCUUGAAAAUGAUCAAAUGGAGAACAUGGAGACCAGCUAA